AUGAAGACCGUGUCUAUCUUGGCAGCUUUCCUUGCCGUCGUUGCUGAUGCAGCGCCGACGGUGGACGAGCUUUAUCCUUAUACGGGACCCAAAGUGCCAGUUGGAGACUGGAUGGACCCGACGGUCAAGGGAAAUGGGAAAGGCUUUGUUCGACUGAUCGAGCCACCGGCCGUGAUGCCCGCGUCCACCAACCCGAGCAACAACGUCAAUGUGAUUUCGGUCUCAUACAUCCCCAAUGGCAUCAAUAUCCACUACCAGACGCCCUUUGGAUUGGGAGAGGCCCCUUCUGUCGUCUGGGGCACCAGCGCAUCAGAUCUCAGCAACACCGCUACUGGGAAAACUGUGACAUAUGGCCGUACCCCUCCUUGCUCUCUCGCUGCAACUACUCAGUGCAGCGAAUUCUUCCACGAUGUCCAAAUUUCCAACCUCAAGUCUGGUGCUACUUACUUCUACCGGAUUCCGGCGGCCAAUGGCACCACUGCCUCUGACAUUCUGUCUUUCAAAACGGCGCAGGAGGCUGGUGACUCUUCCGAAUUCACUGUCGCAGUUGUCAACGACAUGGGUUAUACCAAUGCUGGCGGGACUUACAAGUACCUCAACGAAGCCAUCAACAGCGGCACUGCCUUCGUUUGGCACGGAGGCGACCUCAGCUAUGCCGAUGACUGGUACUCGGGCAUCCUUCCCUGCGAGAGCGAUUGGCCUGUCUGCUAUAAUGGCACCUCAACUCGCCUCCCUGGAGACGGCGAUGUUCCCAAGGAGUAUGACACUCCUCUCCCGACUGGAGAGAUUGCCAACCAGGGUGGCCCACAGGGCGGAGAUAUGAGUGUGUUAUACGAGUCUAAUUGGGACUUGUGGCAGCAGUGGAUGAACCCUGUGACUCUCAAGACUCCUUACAUGGUUUUGCCCGGUAAUCACGAGGCCAGCUGCGCCGAAUUCGACGGCCCCGGAAACGUUCUGACAGCUUAUCUGAACAAGGCCCAGCCGAAUGGGACUGCUGCCAAAUCUUCGCUCACCUAUUAUAGCUGUCCCCCUUCCCAGAGGAACUUCACCGCGUUCCAGAAUCGAUUCCGCAUGCCCGGAGCUGAGACUGGAGGUGUCGGUAACUUCUGGUACUCGUUUGACUAUGGCCUGGCGCAUUUUGUGUCACUCGAUGGCGAGACGGACUACGCCGACAGCCCCGAGUGGCCAUUUGCCAAGGACGUCAAGGGAGACCAGGCGCACCCAUUUGCUAACCAGACCUACGUCACCGACAGUGGCCCGUUUGGCGCUGUUGAUGGCGACUACAAUGACAACAAGGCUUAUGCGCAGUACAGAUGGUUGAAGAAGGACUUGGAGAGUGUUAACCGCUGCAAGACACCUUGGGUCAUUGCCAUGAGCCACCGUCCAUUCUAUAGCUCCCAAGUGUCCUCUUACCAGAAGAGCAUUCGUGCAGCUUUCGAAGACCUUAUGCUACAGAAUGGCGUCGAUCUAUAUCUGUCCGGACAUAUUCACUGGUAUGAGCGCCUUCUUCCUCUUGGAAGUAAUGGUACCAUUGACGAGGCCUCCAUCAUCAAUAACAAUACCUAUUGGACAAAUCCGGGUGUUUCAAUGGCCCAUAUCAUCAACGGAGCGGCAGGAAACAUUGAGAGCCACAGCACUCUUGGCUCAAGUCCUUUGCUGGAUAUCACCACUUACCUUGACCAACAAAAUUUCGGAUUUGGCGGCUUGACUGUUCACAAUGCUACAGCCCUUUCCUGGAACUAUGUCCUUGGCUCUGAUGGCACGACCGGCGACAAGCUCACUCUUCUAAAGAGAGACACUUCCAAACGUACAUGCCACUCAUCGGGCGGCUCUUCCUCAUCCACUAGCGUGGCUACGGCAGCAUCUUCUCCUGCGACUGGCGCAACUACGAUCACGGACACAAACUCGAGCGGAGCUACUAUGUCAGUAGAGUAUUUCUCUUCCUGA